GGGAGGCGACGCUACCUGGCAACCCGGAGACGCAAUCUGUGUCAAUUGCCGUGGAGCGAAUAAAGGCCGUCGCCUAUUUCUGUCCGGGGCUUUUUUUUGUUUAACACGCGAGGCUGUCUGCAGCGCGUCCUCAGGUCGGGUUGAUGAUUUAUUUAUCUGCCCUCCCUCCCUCCCUGUUAGCUUGUUGAUCGUCUUUGCUCUUUCCGGUCAGCGUUGCUGGGAUACCGUCCCCCCCUCUCUCCGCUGCGCCGUAGCGGCAGGUGUAUUAGGUGAAGGAGGCUUCAGGAUGACGCCUUUCUCUCCCACCGCUCGACGCGACCGGAGCACGCUGUAGAGACGGGCCGCCUGUCUUUUGUUCGCACGUAGAUGUUGAUUUCAGAGCGAGGCAAGGAGGGGGAAACAAAGCAGAGCCGGGAUGAAGACGAUUCCGUCGUCGUUAUCAGACAGUAAUUAAUCGGCGUAAGUUAAUGGUUUGAUCGCGUCGGUUGGAUUCUGUAAUGUGCCGCGUUGGCUGCUAGCAGACAGCCCGGUGUUCAGGAGCGUUCGGCCGCAGGGAGAUUAUCUGAGGAGGAGGUGGUGGUGGUGGUGGGGGACGGACCUGUCUGGCUCUCUGUCUCUGGCAGAUAGAAUAAAUAAAUAAAUAAAGAUGGUGUUUCGGAGCGAGGAGAUGUGCCUGGCGCAAUUGUUUCUGCAGUCCGGCUCCGAAUACGACUGCAUCAGUGAGCUGGGAGAGCUGGGGCUGGUCGAGUUCAGAGACCUCAACCCCAGCGUCAGCUCGUUCCAGCGGCGCUUCGUCAGCGAAAUCAAGAGAUGCGAGGAGAUGGAGAGGAUCCUGGGCUUCCUUUUGAGGGAGAUCCAGAAGGCUAGAAUCGCUGUUCCUCAAGAAGACGAGAGCCCGCUUGCUCCUCCACCCAGACAGGUCCUGGAGAUCAUGGAGCAGCUUCAGAGGCUGGAGAUGGAGCUGAGCGAGGUGGCGAAGAACAAGGAGAAGCUGCAGAGGAACCUGCUGGAGCUCACAGAGUACACUCACAUGCUGAAGAUCACACGGACCUUCAUACACAGCCGCUCCAGACAUGAGGCUCUGGGUCCCCAGUAUGAAGAGUUCCCCACUAUGGAGACGGACUCGGUCACUGGAAGCACUGGCAUGCAGAGACUUGGAGCCAAACUUGGUUUUAUUUCAGGACUCAUCCAGCGGGUGAAGGUGGAGGCCUUCGAGCGCAUGCUGUGGAGAGUGUGUAAAGGCUACACGAUCCUGAGCUACGCAGAGGUGGACGAGGGCCUGACCGAUCUCGACACCGGGGAAAUAAGCAAAAGCGUCGUGUUUCUCAUCUCCUUUUGGGGCGAUCAGAUCGGACACAAAGUUCAAAAAAUCUGCGACUGUUACCACUGCCACUUGUAUCCGCACCCGGAGAACGACGAGGAACGCGCAGAUGUGUUGGACAGCUUGAGAACACGGAUCCAGGAUCUCAACAACGUGCUUCAUCGCACCGACGACUACCUGAGGCAAGUCCUGCAGAAGGCCGCCGAGUCGGCCUACACCUGGGUCGUGCAGGUGAAAAAGAUGAAGGCCAUCUAUCACAUCCUCAACCUGUGCAGCUUCGACGUCACCAACAAGUGUCUGAUCGCUGAGGUGUGGUGUCCCGUCAGUGACCUGGCAAACCUGAGGGGGGCGCUAGAAAAGGGUUCGAGAAAAGGCGAUGCCACUGUUCCCUCCUUUGUGAACCGGAUCCCAAGCAGCGACACGCCACCAACCCUUUUGAGAUCCAACAAGUUCACCGCUGGGUUCCAGAGCAUCGUGGAGGCUUAUGGGGUGGGGGACUAUCGCGAGGUUAGCCCAGCUCCUUACACCAUCAUCACGUUCCCCUUCCUGUUUGCCGUGAUGUUCGGGGACCUCGGCCACGGGCUGAUCAUGAGUCUCUUCGGCCUGUGGAUGGUGCUGACGGAGAAAAACCAAAAGAAGAGGCGUUCUAGUAACGAGAUAUGGAUGACGUUCUUCCAUGGGCGAUACAUCAUCCUGAUGAUGGGGCUUUUCUCCAUGUACACCGGUCUCGUUUACAACGACUGUUUCUCCAAGUCUCUGAAUAUAUUUGGCUCUGGGUGGAGCGUUAAGGCUAUGUUCACCAGUCAGCAGUGGACAAACAAAACGGUCCAAACAAACGCUUUGCUCACAUUAGACCCGAAUGUCACUGGUGUGUUCAGCGGAGUGUACCCCUUCGGCAUUGAUCCUAUAUGGAACCUGGCUGUGAAUCGGCUGUCCUUCCUCAACUCCUACAAGAUGAAGAUGUCAGUCAUCAUCGGCGUCAUUCACAUGAGCUUUGGCGUGGUUCUCAGUGUCUUCAACCACUUGCAUUUCAGACAGAAAUUCAGCGUUUAUCUGCUGUUUCUUCCCGAGCUGCUGUUCCUGCUCUGUCUCUUCGGCUACCUGGUCUUCAUGAUCCUCUACAAGUGGCUGGCCUUCAGCGCGUGCAACUCCAGCCGGGCUCCCAGCAUCCUCAUCCACUUCAUCAACAUGUUCGUCAUGCAGGGGAAGGAUCUGACCCCCUUGUACCCAGGGCAGACCGGCCUGCAGAUCUUCCUCCUCCUGAUCGCCAUGCUGUCCGUUCCCGUGUUGCUGCUGGGGAAACCUCUUUACUUGUACUGGCAGCACCGCGGCGGCAAAGGCCUGCGCAGACGCAGGGGUUACGAGAGGGUGAGGCGUGUGAGCGAGGACGACGGUUCCAUAACGUCCAUUCAUGAGGAGGACGAAGAGGAGGGAUUGGAUGAAGCGACCAGCAGAGAAGCUCCUCCUAAGCAGUUUGACUUUGCAGAUGUGCUGCUGCACCAGGCCAUCCACACCAUAGAGUACUGCCUGGGCUGCAUUUCCAACACGGCGUCUUACCUGCGUCUCUGGGCGCUCAGCUUGGCUCACGCCCAGCUGUCAGAGGUGCUGUGGGCCAUGGUGCUGCGCCUAGGUUUCAGGAUCACCGAAAAAGUGGGCGUGGUGUUCCUGGUCCCCGUGUUCGGCCUUUUCGCCACGCUCACCGUGUCGAUUCUGCUGGUCAUGGAGGGCUUGUCGGCGUUCCUCCAUGCUCUGCGGCUUCACUGGGUGGAGUUUCAGAACAAAUUCUACCACGGGACCGGCGUCAAAUUCCUGCCCUUCGACUUCUCCCAGCUGCCCUCGGUUUUUGAGCAAGACGGCUUGCUCUAACCUCCCCGAGGCGCUUGGACUCGUGCUUAAGCAGACUUUGCGACUGUGAAGGUUUUGUGAACCGGGCGGAACGAUUCAUUCUGUGACAACAACGAACCCUCAAGACUCUGAACUGAAACUCAUUCUCGUAGCAACGUUUCUCACCUUGACGCGGUUUUUAAACGCUAUCGGCCCGUGCUGACUGCCUUACUACUGUACCCAGCACACCUCUGAACGGACAGAGGUACAAAGCAACGUUUCAUUUGUCGACCAUGUCACUUCCUGGAUGAGUUGCUGCUCAGCACUUUCUGUCACCAGCUGAGUGAUUAUUAUCUUUUUUUUUUUUUUUUAAACGUAUUUUAUUUGCAUUGUGCUGUGUUUUGUAUGCUUAGUAUUUAAAGAGCGCAAAGUCAAAGCCACAAGCAGUGCCAUAGACAUGUAGUAAAGGGUUGCCAUUUUAUCUUCUUCUUGUAAUAAAGGUAAAGCUGCAGGCAUCCAAAAUCAAAAGACACAGUAAACAUUUCCACCCUUUACUGAGAUUUCUUUUUACCAUAAAGCACUUUGCAGAGAUGAUUGUACAAUGUGAAGUUCUCACUACUGACUGUGAUGAUGCCAAACGAAAAAUAGUUACUUGUUGCUAUUUGCAUAUUUACUUAUUGAUGCAUUUAUUUACACUUUUGCUCCCUUGUUAUUAAUGAAGGCAAAUGUUAAAUGAUCUGAAAGAAAACCAUCAGAAAGCAUACAGUUAGAUCCUCCUUUGAUUAUACGGUUUAUUGCAUUUGUUGAUUAUAAUAAUUCAUGAUAUUUAUCUAACUUCAUAUCUGUACAAGAGUAAUAUUUUACAAUUCUGAUGUGUCAAAUAAAGGUUUUGACAAAGGCAA